GAGUCGCUUCUGCAGUCGCGCUCGCUUCGGACAUCGCGGAAGCAUCCCGAGUCUUGUGAACGAAAUUACCGCCGACGCCCUAACACGAUAUACAGUAUAGAAGACCGACACCGGAGUCGCAAGCUCGUCGUCCCCGUCGAGUUAAGCGCUCGACCAGAGGGGACUGUAGAAGGAGAUGCGCCAGGUCCUCGCGCUCCUACUGUCCGUCGUCGUUGCUGUGACCGACGGUUUUCACCCGGAAAUAAAUAGCUUCGAGGCGAAUCCCGACACUAAACGGCUGUACGAUGAUUUACUAUCCAAUUACAACAGGCUCAUUCGGCCCGUUGUUAACAAUACCGAAACCCUCACUGUAUGGCUGGGGUUGAAGCUGUCCCAGCUGAUCGAGAUGAACUUGAAGAAUCAGGUGAUGACAACGAACGUCUGGGUGGAGCAGAAAUGGUUCGAUUACAAGCUUCGCUGGGACCCCGAGGAGUAUGGCGGCAUCGAGAUGCUGUACGUGCCCUCGGAAAAUAUAUGGUUGCCCGACAUCGUCAUGUAUAAUAACGCGGACGGCAACUACGAGGUGACGCUAAUGACCAAGGCCACGCUCAAGUACACGGGCGAAGUCUACUGGAAGCCGCCGGCAAUUUAUAAGUCCUCCUGUGAGAUCGACGUCGAGUACUUUCCCUUCGACGAGCAGUCCUGCAAUAUGAAGUUCGGCUCGUGGACCUACAACGGAGCGCAGGUGGAUUUGAAGCACAUGGAACAAGUGCCUGGGAGUAAUUUGGUAGCGAUGGGAAUUGAUUUGACCGACUUUUACCUGUCCGUCGAGUGGGACAUACUCGAGGUGCCGGCCUCGAGGAACGAAGAGUAUUAUCCUUGCUGCAAGGAGCCCUAUUCUGAUAUUACCUUUAAUAUUAAAAUGAGAAGGAAGACGCUGUUUUAUACCGUCAAUCUUAUAAUACCGUGCGUGGGUAUUACUUUCCUAACAGUUUUAGUGUUCUACUUGCCAAGCGACUCCGGUGAAAAGGUCUCGCUGUGUUCCUCGAUUCUUCUGUCGUUGACUGUGUUUUUCUUACUACUGGCAGAAAUUAUCCCGCCGACGUCGCUGGCCAUACCGUUGCUCGGCAAAUACCUCUUAUUUACCAUGAUUCUAGUCACUCUGUCCAUAUGGAUAACCGUGUGUGUGCUCAACGUACACUUCCGUUCGCCAACGACGCACAAUAUGUCGCCUUGGGUGCGGUCGGUCUUUUUAAAUUGGAUGCCUCGGAUGCUGAUGAUGCGCCGAACCCCGUACUCGACGCCAGAGUAUGACGACACGUACUUGGACAGCGGAUACACCAAUGAAAUGGACUUCAGUUUCCGCGACAGUAUAAGCGAUUACCCGUCCGAGUCCAAGGGCAGUCCCGACGGCUUCGAGAGCGUCACCGCAGCAUACAAGAACAUACGCGACGAGGAGAUACGCCACAUACCGCACGCCUCGGUGACCGACAGCGAGAACACGAUGCCGAGACAUUUGACGCCGGACAUAGUGACGGCGUUACAGGGAGUCAGAUUCAUUGCGCAGCACAUCAAAGACGCGGACAAGGACAACGAGGUAAUCGAAGAUUGGAAAUUCGUAGCGAUGGUAUUGGACAGAUUUUUCCUGUGGAUUUUCACGCUGGCGUGUAUUAUUGGAACGGCGGGAAUAAUUUGCCAAGCGCCAAGUCUUUACGACACGCGUGAGCCGUUAGAUCGGCAGGUCUCGAGUAUCCCUCUGCGAAAGGGUACCUACAUGCUUCCACCCCAGUCUUUCUUUGAUUACGACUAAGAAAUUGAUCUCAAGCGACCAAAUAAAAUAAAAACAUGAACGAUGACGCACAAAACGAAUUAAUUGUCUAAUUUCAUGUACGCCAACUUCUUAUUGAGGAAAAUAACAUCGACUAUUAAUAAUAAACGAUUUGAAUU